UUUUGUUUACCGGCAGCAUGGGAUUUUGGUUCUGGUUCGAGAACGUCAAAAAAAGUUUUAAAUUAAGAAGUUUCAGUCAUUUUUCUGUCUGUAGGGGCUUAAAGCGAGUAUUGCCAUCAGUUUAAUCUCUGGGCAAAUCUCAUAAAAUUUUCAUGACAUCUUUGUAGGAUUUCGAAAUACACGAGAUGUCUCUUGAAACAGAAGACAAUGGUAUAUUGGAAAACAAUAUUCAUCAGUCUGAACACAAUGGCUUGGAGACUAAUGGAAAGCUGUCGAAUGCAAUGGAUGAUGUCAGUAUCUCAACUAAAUCUCCUCUCAUUGACAAUGGAAAUGACGAAAACUCCAGUAUCAAAAAUGUUUCAGAAGAAUUACAAGUGAACAGUCAUGAAAAUUCUCAUGUUAUUUAUGACUUUAAUAAUAUACAGGAGUUAGUUUCAACUAACGAAUUCAGUGAUUCAUCAGGAAAGAAUCUACUUCGAGGCUGCAAAUGGUCACCCGAUGGAACUUGUAUCUUAACAAACAGCCAAGACAAUACUCUGCGUCUUUUUAACCUACCUAAUGAGUUAUACUCCAGUAACACUGUUGUGCAAGAUUUGAAACCUCUGCAGUCUGUUCUUAGGAUGCAAGAAGGUGGCUUAAUUUAUGACUUCUGCUGGUAUCCUCUUAUGUCGUCUUGGGAACCUCUAACUUGUUGUCUGGCAAGCACAAGCGCAAAAUCACCAAUUCAUCUGUGGGAUGCUUAUAGCAGUGAAUUGAGAGCCACAUACAGGAUUUACGACAAUGCAGACGAGGUCACAAGUGCAGUCAGCCUGAACUUUUCUCCAGCGGGAGAUCAGCUAUUCUGUGGGUUGAAAAAUAUGAUAGCAGUAUUUGACACUGCAAUCCCUGGGCGCGAUUAUUUUUCACUCAAAAUGAAGGACAUGAAAGGAAUCAUCUCAUGCAUAGCAUUUAGUCCGGUAGCUCAUCAAAUAAUGGCAGCUGGUACUUACAGCAAAGCCCUAGGACUGUUCUCACUUGAUGACAACUCAUUGAUGUGCACCCUAAAUGGUCACCGAGGCGGAUUGACCCAUAUCAUGUUCUCACCGGACGGCACUAAGCUGUAUUCUGGUGCAAGGAAAGAUCAUGAGAUAUUGUGUUGGGAUCUUCGUAAUCCUGGCUCAAUCCUAUUUUCAUUGAUAAGAUCUGUAGAAACUAAUCAAAGAAUUUAUUUUGACCUCUCUCCGGAUGGAAAAUAUGUUAUUUCAGGCACAACCUGCGGGACUGUGAAAGUAUGGGAUACAACUCAACCUCCAGAGGAAGUCAAUGGUAUUAGUAUCAUCCGAUGUGCAUCUAAAUUUCAAGCCCAUAAUGACUGCGCAAAUGGAGUGAGUUUAAAUCGUCAUCGAAGUCUACUUGCAACAUCCUCAGGGCAACAUCAUGUAGAAAAGAAUUUGCUGCCUUUAUUAGAUGAUGAAGAGGAUCCUGUUUCCUUGCCCUCUCAAGCGCCAGAAAAUUCUUUGAAAUUGUGGCAAGUAGGCUCUAGACCAAAAUCCAAUAUAAUACUAUCUUAAUUUUUUACUGUGUAUCUUUUUUGUACCUAAAUUUUGAACUUUUCUAAGCAAAUGAAAUGUUUCAUGUUUUCAAGCUAUCUGAUCCUGUGAUAUUAGGUUUCUAUUUUUAAAUAUCUGUGUUGAUUUUCAGUAAAAUACUGUAAAAAACCAUG